UUUCUCCCGCCCGCGCUGUAGCGCCCGGGGUCGUGGGGCGGUGGCGCUUUCGUCCGCGGGCCGGCCUGGCCAGGCGGCGCCUCCGAGCAGGCCGCGGGCCCCGUUCGUGCUUGGCCCCCGGGACCCGGCGUGUUGGGGGCGGCGCCCGCCCCGAGCGGGAGAAGGCGGGAGAGCUCGCAGGGUGCGAGGGCCGGCCGGCCGGCUGGGCAGCAUGAGUCAGCAGCGGCCGGCGCGGAAGCUGCCCAGCCUGCUCGUGGACCCGGCGGAGGAGACGGUGCGCCGCCGCUGCCGCGACCCCAUCAACGUGGAGGGCCUGCUGCCAUCAAAAAUAAGGAUUAAUUUAGAAGAUAAUGUACAGUAUGUGUCCAUGAGAAAAGCUCUAAAAGUGAAGAGACCUCGUUUUGAUGUAUCACUGGUUUAUUUAACUCGAAAAUUUAUGGAUCUUGUGAGAUCUGCUCCUGGGGGUAUUCUUGACUUAAACAAGGUUGCAACAAAACUGGGAGUACGGAAACGAAGAGUGUAUGACAUCACCAACGUCUUAGACGGCAUCGACCUGGUCGAGAAGAAGUCCAAGAACCAUAUUCGAUGGAUAGGAUCUGAUCUUAGCAAUUUUGGAGCAGUGCCCCAGCAGAAGAAGCUACAGGAGGAACUUUCCGACUUAUCAGCAAUGGAAGAUGCUCUGGAUGAGUUAAUUAAGGAUUGUGCUCAGCAGUUGUUUGAGUUAACAGAUGACAAAGAAAAUGAAAGACUUGCGUAUGUGACAUAUCAAGAUAUUCAUAGCAUCCAAGCCUUCCAUGAACAAAUUGUUAUUGCAGUUAAAGCUCCCGCAGAAACCAGAUUGGAUGUUCCAGCUCCCAGAGAAGACUCUAUCACAGUACACAUACGGAGCACCAAAGGCCCCAUCGAUGUGUACUUAUGUGAAGUGGAGCAGGGCCACUCCAGUAAUAAAGGUGUGGGGGCCUCUUCAUCUAAGAGCAAACACGCAGAACGCCCUGAUAAAGAACAUCCUCCGCAGCAAGGUGAAGAAGUGCUUGAAGUGAGCAGCUGACGGCGCGGAGGCUCGUGUGCGGAGUCUCCUGUGCAGCGUCCUGUGGGGAUUACGCGUCGUUUGAUUCUCAGCAGCAGUCAUCGUGAAGUUUUCUCCUCACUUAGCAGCGGCACGGCCAGCUGUGCCUGAGUAGGCCACCACUUCGAUUACUGGAUAAUCAUGGUUUCCGCAUUCAGAAACACCUCUUUUUAUGAUUAUUCACUGCUUUUGUCAGUGAGAUAGACAUCUUGCCUAGUGAAGUAAGUUCAUCACAAAGAGUGUCACUGAAACAGAUGGUCAGGCCUGAAGUGGACAGUGCUUCAUGCACUCUGCCCUUUCCUCAAGGAUCAUGUGUCAGCAUCACAAAAGAAAUUGCCUUACCCAAGUUCUCGUUGCGAUUAGCUGGUGUACGUUGGAUGGGUGUACACACGCAUCUAAAUGAGGUGUCUUUGUAGAUAUCUGUAUAAUGUUUGAAUUACUUAUGAAAUAUGUCUAAGUGAAACCUUUCACCUUGUACAGCCCAAAUAAUGUAUAUAUGGAAAGGAACAAAUUCUCUGAUUUCUGUGGUAUCUAUAACUUAUUAGAAUCCUCUGAAUGAGGGUUAGAGCAGAGUUUUUUCCGAGCUUCUACAUGUAAGUGUGCUCUGCAUUUAAAGGUCGUGGCUUUAACUGCAGUCCUUCGAUAUGGUUCCCAGUGCUAAAAUUGGACCUCAAGCUCCCUGCAGAGUCGUCGUGUCUGAGCAGACUGGUGGCAUGCCCCAAGCUUUAGGCGCAAGUAUAGAAAUGCCAUCAGGUAAUGGCUUAAUUCAUUGCAAGACAUGAAUUCAAUCAUGGUGAAAAUUGGAAACUGUUUUAACCUUUUUGCAAUCAGAUUUUGUAAUGUGUUUGUGUAUGUAUGCAACCUUGCUCCUUAAUCAAAGGGGUUUACUUAUGAUGAGUUAGUUCUGCCCUGCCCUCUGUCCAGCUCUAGCCCCACGUUUCCAAGCACCUAGCUAUUUCUACCUCAUUGGGUAAGUCACUUACCACUCUGUGCCUCCGCUGACUCAGUGGUUUACCAUUAGACUGUGAGCUCCUUGAGGGACUUCGUCUGAAUCAUUGUCACACCCACCGCUUGCCUGGCACAUAAAAAGUGCUCCAUAAAUGUUUGAACAAAGCAGUGAGUAAGUGAGUGAGUGAAUUGUGAAAUUAGACCAAUAAUACUUGGCUUGUCUGCCAUACAGGGUCUUGUGAGCAUCAUUCAAAUUUAUGUUUUCAACCUCUUGCUUUCAAAGGAAUACUUGAAAGCAACUUGAAAUUAAGGCUAUGUAUAAAAAGAUUUAACAUAGAAAUCAAAAAUCAAAAUAGUGAAAAAUAACUGUUUAGGAUUCACGUACCUGUGAGCUCCAGUGGCUUUGCCAGUCCUGUCCCUCGCUGAGACCAGACCCCUCCCUCAGUGCCCGCUGGCUCCUUUCUCGAGGCCUGGGACUGCUCUUUGUGCUCCUCGUGUCGGACAUGCUUGCUGAACGUGCGAGUUCAGGCAGGAGCGUGUGUAGCUAGCUCAGGUGCUCCGUGGGAAGAACUGAGCUCUGCGUAAGGAUUUGGCAGACGGCAGUUUAUAUGUGAGGUCUAAAACCGUGAGAGUAGGUGAAGUCAUCUGAGAGGAUAUAGCGGGAGAAGAGGAGAGGCCCGUGAACAUCUGUAUUUGAGGGGAAAUACGGAAGAAAAAGCCUUUCCUGAGAAAGAAUAAUGAGAAGAGGGGAAAAAAAUAACUAAAGGUAGUGCCCCAAAACCAACCAAGGAAGCGUCGCCAGAGGUGAGCGCGUCGGUGCUGGGAGCAGUUCAAACUGUGAAAUGUGAUCAGUGUUCUCCUUUACAGAUUGUUCUGAGGAUAAGAAGAGAUCAUGGAAGCAAAAGUCCUUUGUAAACUGUAGACGUGCUGUAUAAAUGAGUGUUUCUCAUCACUCCA